CUUUUACUAUAUCAAGACCCUGCUCCUAUCCUUUUUUUUAUGUUUUGGUCUUCUGCAUCUCAAGCAUCAGUACGCAGAAGCUUGAAGACCUAUCAACUUCUCUUCUUUUCUUUUCUUCAAGUGUGGUCUUUUCUGUAAGAUCUGCCCGUCAUGGCUAUAUCUGAUAGGGAUCAGGAGAAGGGGUUUGAUGAGCGCUCUGAGAUGAAGGGAGGUGUCAUUAAUGAUUAUCAUGAUGCUGCUGGUCACGGUCACACUGCUACCGAUGCCUACGGUAACUCUCUUGUCCAGUUCGACCCAGCUGCUGAGCGACGACUACGAUGGAAACUCGACUUGUACACUGUCCCAACCGUCGCAGUUCUGUAUCUCUUCUGCUUCAUCGAUCGCGCCAACAUCGGUAAUGCCCGUAUUGCUGGUUUGACAGAAGAUCUCAACCUCGUAGGAUACGACUACAACAAGAUCCUCUCCGUAUUCUACAUCUCAUACAUCAUCUUUGAGAUCCCCGCCACCGUCUGCUGUAAAUGGAUGGGCCCCGGCUGGUUCCUCCCUGCUACCUCUCUCGCCUUCGGCAUCGUCAGUGUCGCUACCGCCUUCGUCCACAGCCAAGCCGCCAUCUGCGGUGUUCGUUUCCUCCUUGGUAUCUUCGAGGCUGGUAUGCUUCCCGGAAUCGCAUACUAUCUCUCCCGUUGGUAUAAGCGCUCUGAGUUGACUUUCCGUCUGUCUCUCUACAUGGUCAUGGCUCCUCUUGCUGGUGCUUUCGGUGGUCUCUUGGCCAGUGCUAUCCUCAAGCUCCCCCACUUCGGUAGCCUUCACCACUGGCGCAUGAUCUUCGCUAUUGAGGGUAUCAUCACCAUCGGUCUUAGCCUCAUCGCUUUCGUUACCCUCACAGAUCGACCCGAGACUGCUCGAUGGCUCACUCAGGAGGAGAAGGAUCUCUGCAUCGCCCGUGUCAAGUCCGAGCGUCUCGCCCAAACCGAAGUCAUUGACGGUAUCGAUCGAGUCAAGCUCUGGCGCGGUAUCUCCAACCCCGUCACUCUCCAGAUCGCCUUUAUCUUCCUCUUCAACAACAUCACCGUCCAGGGUCUUGCUUUCUUCCUCCCUACCAUCGUCGGAGCCAUCUACCCCGAGUACAGCACCGUCCAGAAGCAGCUUCACAGUGUCCCUCCCUACGCCGUUGGAGCCGUCUUUGCUGUUGCCUUCCCUGCUCUCAGUUGGUACCUCGACAGGCGACAGAUCUUCAUCAUCCUCUCCGCUCCCACCGUCAUCAUCGGAUAUGCUAUGUUCUUGGCCUCUGAGACUCCCAGUGUUCGAUAUGGUGCUUGUUUCCUGAUUGCCAGCACCUGUAUGGUUCUGGGUACCAUGACCAACGCCCAUAUCAGCGCCAACGUCGUCAGUGAUACCGCACGAAGCAGUGCCAUCGGCAUGAACGUCAUGUUUGGCAACAUCGGUGGUCUCAUCGCGACCUGGUCCUACCUCGUCAAGGACGCCCCCAACUUCCCUAUCGGUAAUGGCCUCAACUGUGCUACUGGUAGCAUGAUCUUCAUCCUCAGCAUUUCUGGCUACUUCUGGAUGAAGUGGGACAACAACCGACGGGACAAGAAGAACGUCGAGCAGGAGCUUGCAGGCCUCUCGCCCGAGGAGGUUGCCAACCUGGACUGGAAGCACCCCGGCCAUAGGUGGCGAUUCUAAGAUGUGACAUGGUUUUUGGAUAUGAGCAUGCUACGAUUGGGUAUUAGCGAUGGGUCUUUUGAAUGGAUAAGGUACUUACCAGGCCAUUUUGGAUAUUAGCGAGUCAUCAUUAUCUUAUCCCAAGAAUGAACAUGAUUCUACAACUUGCAUUUCUGA